AUGUCGCGUUUCUGGUCGUUACUUCUGCUCUAUCUUUGUGCUCAGGUCAGUUGUCAGGAUGUAGAGGAGGUUGAUUUUUACAAGGGAUCGGCAGAUAUCAGUGCCUUACUGUCUUUCGUUGUUCCACCACUUGGCCAACCUGAAUCCACUAAUGCAAUCUCGCUUGUUGCUGGAAAACCAGCCACGUUUAUUGUCUCUUUGGAAAACAAUCCAAAAAGCUCAAAUUCCUACUCUCUGUACAUUCUAGAGGCUUCUUUGCACUAUCCUCGUUACUUCGGAUAUCACAUUCAAAACUUCACUGUUCAGCGUCUUCAGAACACUCUAGAACCCAAACAGCAGGCUAGCCUUCUCUAUACCUUUGUUCCAGCUGUACAAUUGGCUGCUCAACAGUUUGAUCUCGCUGUCAUUUUGACCUAUCAAGAUCAAAAUGGAAAGCCCUAUUUUCAUUCACUUUUUAAUCAGACCAUCUCAUUCCUCGAAGAUACUGAUGGCGCAGAUAUUGAGCUGCUUUUCUUGGGUAUAAUUAUCUGCGGUGUCAUUGUUCUGGUCCUCGUUUUCUUGUGGCACUGGAUUUCAAGCAAGACCAGUCGCAAGUCACAUCGGUCUACAACUUACAGUGCUGUUAAUGAUGUGAAAGAAAAUGGAUACACCAGCAAGAAAUCUACCAACCAGGCCAUCUCAGAGAAUUCUAAUGGGAAAGUGAAGCAACACAGAAAGUAA